GUGACCAAGCGAAGCAAUGGUCCCAACUGUCACAUGCGCCUACAACUUCACGUCUUUCAUAAUCUUUCAUCAUCCAAGGAAAUUAAGGAAUUCAUUUCAUUUUACAUCAACGCAUGCAGCUUAAAAAACCUGUUAAAUUCAACGGAAACAGUGUACUACAGAAUUAAAGAAUUAAAAUGGCUUCACAAGCUUUUGGAAGGAUAGGAACCUUCGGUUUGGCUGUUGCUGGCGCUGCAGCAGUUGUGAACUCUGCCCUUUACAAUGUUGACGGAGGCCACAGAGCCGUAAUUUUUGACAGAUUUGUGGGUAUCAAAAAUCAAGUUGUUGGCGAAGGAACACAUUUUUAUAUUCCAUGGGUGCAAAGGCCAAUUGUAUUCGACAUACGCUCGAGACCAAGAAAUAUUCCUGUAAUAACGGGUAGUAAAGAUCUUCAAAAUGUUAAUAUCACUCUUCGUAUUUUGUUUAGACCACUUCCUGAUUCAUUACCAAAAAUUUACACCAUACUUGGCGUUGAUUAUGACGAGCGAGUUUUACCCUCAAUUACAAAUGAAGUUUUAAAAGCCGUCGUCGCACAAUUUGACGCGGGCGAAUUGAUUACACAGCGAGAACUUGUCUCUCAAAAAGUGAAUGAAGAACUUACCGAUAGAGCUACUCAAUUUGGUUUAAUUCUUGAUGAUAUUUCCAUCACUCACUUGACAUUCGGCAAGGAAUUCACUCAAGCCGUUGAAUUGAAACAAGUGGCACAACAGGAAGCGGAAAAAGCAAGAUUCUUGGUAGAAAAAGCCGAGCAACAAAAGAAAGCGGCCGUUAUUUCGGCUGAGGGUGAUGCGCAAGCUGCGAGUUUACUCGCUAAAUCACUUGGCGAUGCUGGAGAUGGUCUUGUUGAACUUAGAAGGAUUGAAGCUGCGGAAGAUAUUGCGUUUCAACUUGCACGUUCACGUCAAGUUGUUUACUUACCACCCGGUCAAGGUGUCCUUCUAAACUUACCUCAGUAAAAAAAUGAAAAUUAAAUCGCAGAUACAAUUUUUAUUAGAAAAACAAGAGAAAAAAAAACACACACACAGCGUUCUGAGAACAUUUCUUUCCAAUUGCGUAAAAAUUUAAUCGCAUCAUUUGUCAUUGUUAUAAUUAAUAUAAUUGAUAAACACUGUACAUUCGAAGGUAGGGAAAUAAUGUUGCAUUUUAUGAAGUAGUACAAGUAAUCUUAUAUACAUUUCAUUGUAUGAAAGACACACUGAGAGAAAGAGAGAGAAAGAGAAGAAUUUAUUAUUGUAGUUCAAUAGUAUGAUUUAUAUGCGACAUUUUUUUUAUUAAUCCAUUGUUGAUUGUCGCUGUUUUUUUUUUGCUUUAUAAAAAUAUUCAAUAUUA